GCAACACAGAGGUCGCCAUGUGAUUUGUCCAAUGAGAGCGAGAGAGCGCUCUUCGGUGCUGUCUAAGCAGAACUAAUCCUUUUCUUUUUAGUUUCUUUUAAAUUAACAGAGUCAAAGAUGUAUGAAAAGUACCGUGUAAUGAUCUUUGCACAACCGAGGGGACAGCAAAAUUCUCUCUGAUUGCUUAGGAGAACCUGAAAAGACCUUCAUCAUGACCCUGUCAGAUUUCAUUGGCGCCUUGAAAGACAACCCUUACUUUGGGGCAGGCUUUGGGCUUGUUGGCAUUGGCACAGCAAUUGCAGUUGCCCGAAAGGGGGCACAGGUUGGCAUGAUCUUCUUCAGAAGAAAUUACAUGAUCACACUGGAGGUCCCUAGCAGAGAUAAAAGUUACCACUGGCUUUUAAACUGGAUUACUAAACACGCCAAACACACACAGCAUCUGAGUGUUCAGACCUCCUAUAUGCAGCAUGAAAGUGGGCGAGUCCAUACACAGUUCGACUUCCAUCCCAGUCCGGGCAACCACAUAAUUUGGUAUGGAAGGAAGUGGAUCAGAGUGGAGAGAACAAGAGAGAAGCAGAUGGUGGACCUGAACACUGGAACUCCAUGGGAGUCUGUCACCUUCACUGCUCUGGGUAGAGACAGGCAGAUAUUCUUCAACAUACUCCAAGAAGCUCGUGAACUUGCUUUAAAACAGGAAGAGGGUCGGACUGUGAUGUACACUGCCCUUGGAGCAGAGUGGAGGCCUUUUGGGUUUCCUAGGCGACGACGGCCCCUGUCAUCAGUAGUUCUGGAGAAUGGAGUGGCAGAGAGGAUUGUUGAUGAUGUGAAGGAGUUUAUCGGCAAUCCCAAGUGGUACACUGACAGAGGAAUUCCAUAUAGGAGGGGUUAUCUGCUGUAUGGACCCCCAGGCUGUGGGAAGAGCAGCUUUAUAACUGCGCUGGCAGGCGAGCUGGGCUACAGCAUCUGUCUGAUGAGUCUCAGUGACCGCAGUCUGUCUGAUGAUCGUCUCAACCACCUGCUGAGCGUCGCUCCACAGCAAAGCAUCAUCCUGCUGGAGGACGUGGAUGCAGCCUUUGUCAGCCGUGAGCUGAUGCCCACAGAGAAUAUGCUGGCCUAUCAGGGCAUGGGAAGACUGACCUUCAGUGGUCUUCUGAAUGCACUGGAUGGAGUGGCAUCUUCAGAGGCCCGAAUUGUUUUUAUGACUACUAAUUACAUUGAAAGACUGGACCCCGCUCUUGUCAGGCCUGGUCGUGUUGAUCUGAAGCAGUACGUGGGCCACUGCUCUCAUUGGCAGCUGUAUCAAAUGUUCCAGAGGUUUUAUCCUCAGGAGACCGUGGCUGAAGCCGAGCUAUUCGCCGAGCGAGCACUGGCAGCACACCCAGAGCUCAGCGCCGCUCAGGUUCAAGGGCACUUCAUGAUCUUCAAAACAGACCCGGUUGGCUCUAUCAAACAUAUCGAUAAGAUUAAGGAUUGAAGACCUGCAGAAAGAACACUUUUUCUUUUUUUUUUUAUAUGAUGCAAACAGAACCACAAAAGAUUGAAAAACAGCUGAGGUGAUUGAAUCAUUCUUUGAUGUUUACACAUUCUGGAUAGACUUCUUAUACAUUUGAGAAAUAAAAUCCAGCCCGUGGAAAACUUUUCUCAGAACCAACUGUACUUUUUACACUUGAGCUAUAUUUAAAUGCUAUCUAUAAAUGCCACUGGUUGCAUAUUUUGUUGUCUUAUGCAAUAAUAUUCACUUAAUUGUGUUGCUUAAGUUUCUAAAUAUGUUUCUUUCUGUACAUGAAACCUUUUUUUAUUUAUUAUUAUAUUUAGUUUUUGAGAGUAUUAAAAACUUUCAGAUUUCUCUUAGGGAUGACGGCCAUAGAAAACACAGGUAUGUGCCGUUCAAGUGUUAUUAUUUGUUCAGCAUGCUCCAUUUGAACUGGAAGAGUGGUGCAUGUAAUACAUGGUGUGCUGCAAGAUUUAGCCAAAAGUGACAGCGUUUGUCUUAGAAGUUGAAAGCAUGCAGGAAAUUCUGCCACUCCUGUUAACACAAAUCAUUACCGUACCUAUGGGCAUCAUAACAGUGUGUUCCUUUAAUAAAACAUCCACACACAAGAUUAAAUUGCUCCACGUCCCUCUCCCUCCCAUAUGAAACAGGAUCGGGUUCUCACAUUAUUCUGCCUGCCUCCAUGUUGGCUGUUCGUCUUGCAGUGAGCUCUGCAGAAUGAGUUGUAGUUGAUUUCCUACGGCCCACUGCAGCAGCUGUGGACCUCAGGAGAGGGACAGUGGGUAAUUCUGCUGCUACUGCAGCAACUGCUGUCACUGUCCAGGACAGUGACUGUCAAGACUGGCUGACCUUCCAGAGAUCUCAAACUUUAGGAUGUUGUGUAGACUGAUCUUUAAAGGUUACAUGAAUCGCAUGAAUGAGCUACAGGUAUAGAGGGCAAAUGCUAUGAGAUACCACAUCUAAAAGAGUUCUGUGUUGUUUAAUUAUUAGGUGUUGUACAAUUUUUUUCCACUUGCUUUUUGAAACAUGUAAUUACAGGACUCACAUUUAAAAUGCUUUGUUUACCCAUCAGUGGACUCAAGACAGUCACUAUCUUAUUUAUUAAGGGCAUAGAAAGUAUUAAGUAACUGUCUUCUAUAAUUUACCACUUUUAAAUACGUAUACUUGCUGUGAUCUUCAUCUGACAUUUAUUUAUCAGGGUUCCCAUGGA